CAUUACCGAUGCAGCGUCGCUCCCUGCCUCCCUGGAGGAUUUCCGUUCACUGGAACGAACCAGAGACGAGCUCACGAGCAUCUCGUCGCCGCAAGACGCCGUCUCUCCCUCUCCGUCGCCGGUGACACCACCCUCCGGCCGCCGCCAGCCCGCCACCUUCGGCCACCGAUCUUCCUCCCCGCCCCGAACCUUCCAAGUCCCCGCCGCCCAGCGCCUCCCCUUCCCUUCCCCGGUCCUCCUGAACCCUAGCGGCAGCCGGCGGAGAAGAAGGCCGGCGGCGCCCCACGCCUCCCCUUCCCUUCCGGCAUUCGCCCUGCACGCCUCCAGCGGCGUGAAGAAGGCCGGCAACGCCCCACCCCCACCGCCCCAUGAAUUAGCCAAUUAUCAAAAUAGAUUGAAACACUUUUGUUGUCGAACUUUUGAAGAAUGAAGAGGACCGGAGAUGUAAGCCCCAUAAAAAGUAGUCUUCUUUGAGCUUUUCAAGGUGGAUCACCCUGCUUCAAACUCCUAGAUCCGGCACUGCCUCGGGAACGAGCUGGCCAUGCGGGCAUCGAGCAGUCACCACUUCUAUUUCUUCCAUAAAAAGGGAUGAAACACCCACGCAUCUCACCUCUAGCUUCCAAGUGACCUCCCACUCUUGAAAACAUGGAAGCACAUACCAUGCUGCCGGCGCCACCACCUCAGCGUGUCAAAGACAUGGUCGAACUCAUCGAGGAGAUCCUCCUCCGCCUCCCGUCGGGCGAGCCUGACAGCCUCGUCCGUGCGGCAGUCGUCUGCAAGCCAUGGCGCAGACUCCUCUCCAGCCACCGCUUCCGCCGUCUCUAUCGUGACUUCCACAAAAAACCUCCUAUGCUAGGAUUCUUCCAGAACUGCCUCUUGUUGGGGUCGGCCGCGGAGUCGACAUUCGAUACUUACCUCACAACAAAAGGAUCCCUUUUGGCCCCUGCCUCCACCAACGGCUUCUUGCCGCGUGAUCCUGACGGCAGGUAUGGUGUGUUCGACUGCCGCCACGGUCGCGUCCUCCUAAAGAGCUGGGACUACAACAACUGCUGGGCCGGCGUGUCCAAGUAUGUCGUCUGGGACCCUAUGAAGGGCAGCCAGAGGCCACUGCUUACGCCCUACCAACGCGGCGGCGUGAAUCAUGGGGUCGCAGUUCUAUGUGCGGUUGGCGAUUGUGACCACAGCGCCUGCCACAUGGGUCCGUUUCAUGUGGUUUACAUCACUGUUGACAACGAGAAUGAGCUUGGAGAUGGAGCAUGGGCGUACGUCUACUCCUCCAAGACUCGUAAAUGGAGCGAACGGGCCUUUCUUCAGCUGCCUGGGGAUAAUGAUCACGACAUGGAUAAAAGGCCUUUUGUUCUCCUCGUUGCAGAAGCAUUGUUUUCCCUCAUUAUUACCUUUACGCCAACAAAAACACGCCAAGUUAUCAAGUAUGAUUUAGGCGAUAAAUCCCUAUCCGUAUUUAACGUGCCCCCCAUGGUCGGCGAUUGGUUCGAGAUACCACCAGCUCUCGUCACAGCCGAAGACGGUGGGCUCGGCCUGGCGCACGUGGACAAGUUCGGCCUCCACCUGUGGUCUUACGACGACGGGGUUGCGGAGUGGACACUCGACAGAGUCAUUGAUCUCAACAAGAUGUCUCUCCCCAUUGGUGACCCCAUGAUCGCACCACAGGUGGCUGGCGCUGUGGAGGGCACUCGUACCAUAUUUGUAGUCACUGAUCUUGGUGCCUAUAUGAUCGAUCUCAACUCACUGACGUCCAAGAAGCUGUCUCAGGAGAUAUGUUCAAGUGCUAAAGAAAAGGUCGUAUUUCACGUCUUUCCCUACCUUAGCUUCUUCAAUCGACCAGAUAACAUUACCGGAGGAGGUGCUGCUUCUAUUCGGCGAAGCAAACAGAACAGGAGGCCCAACCCAAAGUACCUGUGAGCGCAAGCUCAUCUACCGCGCGACCAAGGGGUGCGGCACCAGCUGUUAUAUGGCCAGCAGUGACCAAGGGGAAAAGGUGUGGAGAAACAAGACAUGGAACUAGCAGCCGUCUCUCUUCUUGGAUCCCCUUCUCUUCCUCCCGACUUUGUGUAAUUUGGCACGAUUUGUAUCGGAUCCUUUAUCAGUAGUAGUGCGAUCAUGACACUUCAUGUUCUAAAUUCUAUACUUAUAUAAUUGACCAGUAGCAGCCGCACAUUAAGGACAAAAUGAAGAUGAAUGGAUGCUGCAGAUUCAUGAUAUGAUAAAGUACCUGUAGGCUGAUUUGGUCGUAAUUAAAGAAGUUAUAUAUGAACCUUGAGCAA